AAACAAAAAAAUGAUAGAUGUUAUCACCACAGAUUAUAUAAUACUAUAUGUACUAGUUAUCACCAUUACUAAUACAGUGUUUAUGUUAAGAAUGGGCAAGAGACACAAUUAUUCACUAUCUUUGAUACGAACAAAGUGCAAUAGAAUGACAUUAUUUUGUAUUGGUUUUUGAUUAUCAAAAUAAAUAAAAAUAACCCUUUGACCAAAAGGAUAAGUAAGAAAAAAAAUCUUAACCACAUUUUCUUCAGUUGUCCUCCUUUCUCAGUACCAUACACGUAUAUUUUAUAUUUUGUGCUCAGUACAAAGAAUUGAACUAUGAAAAGCUAUCUCCAAUUCCAAAACAGAACUCCAUUGAUACAUUAUAGAAGUAUUAAAAAUGUUAAUAAUUAUUUGUUUAUCUAUAUUUCCAUCAAGAACACAAUUUAUUACCUAAUUCUGAAAUACAUAAAAAGAAAAAUUCUACUUACAUCAAACUAGACUGUAUGGGCUUCGUUUUGCCUAUCAUGCAAAAGAGUAAAAAAGAAAAAAGAAAAAUAAAAUUGACGUAAUUAAUUUUUGAAAUAGAUUUUCCUUGUUAAUUUUUGGAAGUGAUUUAUUUUUUAAUAUUUUAUUUUAAUAAUAAUAUUUUCUAUGGCUAGCUCUAAAGCUAAAGACAAAUAUGCUGUAUAUAGAAAUUUUGAAAAAGGAAAGCCUGAUUUUAAAUUAAAUGAAGAACUAAGAAAUUCCAUUGCCAGAGACUACAGAGUUCUCCCUUUGCUAGAGAAGAAGUUAUACGAUCACGCUUUACAGAAAUAUUACUCGUUGGAGUGUAACGAAGUACUCUCAUGUCGCUGGAAACACUACGCUGAUAACAGACAGGGAGGUCGGCGUACCCCAUUUAAUUUCCCUAAAGUUGAGUAUGUAUUUUCCAUAGAUUUCCACUUCUACAAUUAUGUGAAUCGUUACAUGCCUUUACAGUCGGUGAGCAAUCGCGCGCAUUACCGACUGCAUCUAUUUCCAGGGCCCGGUGUCGACGCACUCGGUCAAAAACCCAUUCCCAACGACUUACAGUUGAGGAAAACAGCAGGAAGACAAAAGAAGGAAAAAAAAGGAAGCUAA